AUGGUUGAACGUAUUCGUUGUGCAGCAAUCGUCUUGAGUGUAUCGAGUAUUGUAUUUCUGAUUAGUGGACUUUUAUUAAUUUCCUUCUCGGAUUUACUUGUCAAGAAAAUAGUGAACAGGGAAUGCCAAUUAAAACAAGGAACAAUUAUUUAUCACGUUUGGCGUAAUUCUUCUGUACCGUUUUAUAUUUCAAUCUAUGUAUUUGAUCUUGCGAACGAAGCAGAUUUUCUCAAUGGAGCGAAGCCAAAUCUUACUCAACGUGGGCCAUUUGUUUAUAAAGAACAACGAACAAAAGAAGAUGUAAGAUUUUAUCCUAAUGGAACAAUUUCAUAUCGUGAAUCACGUAAUUACACAUUUGAUCGAUCGAAAUCAACGGCUGAUGAAACACUGUCUAUCACUACAAUUAAUGUUGUUUAUAUGACAUUAAUUAAUUAUCUUGAUAUGGAAAAUAUUCCUGAUUUAUUUCGAAAAAUAAUCGGUACUAUUUUAUCAUUUGCAGAAAAGCCAAUUAUGCAACUUACUGUCAAAGAAUAUCUCUGGGGUUAUCAAGAUCCAAUAUUGAGCUUACUUAAAACUCGAUUACCUCAAUUAGUAAUGAACGAUCAAGUCUCCGUAUUUGCGUCAGUGGUUAAUGAAGCUCAAUAUGAAACGAUUUUGAUUAGUAGCGGUGUUGGUCUUGAUGAAAAUCGUAUCGAACGUAUAAACAAUCUUGGUAGAAUUGAACGAUUUAAUUUUUCAACUAAUUUAUCCAUCUGGUCAAAUAAAUAUGCGAACAUGAUCAAUGGUACCGAUAGUACUAUAUGGCAUCCUGAUGUAAAAAAAAAUGAAUUUAUCUAUACGUUUAUGAACGAUAUAUGUCGAUCGGUUCAUCUAAAAUAUAAUCAAACACAUAAAAAUCUAUUUGACAUCGAUACAUAUCAUUAUAUAUUACCACAUGAUGCGUUUGCAAAUUCAAAAGACAAUGAAGGAUUUUGUUUAAAUAAUACAAUGAAAAAUGGAACACAACAGUUGAAAUGUUUACCUAGCGGAUUAUUUUCAUUGACUCCAUGUGUACAUUUAAGCGGAAGUUCAAUUGCGAUACCAUUACCGAUUAUUGCAUCGAAUCCGCAUUUUCUUGAUUCUGAUCGCUCGAUUCAAGAUGCAGUCAAUGGUUUAGUACCAGAUGAAAUAUCACAUCGAAGCUAUAUGGAUUUAGAACCGACGACUGGCAUUAUCAUGAAUGGAUCUCGCCGAAUGCAAUUCAAUAUCAAUGUUGUUAAUGACUCGAAAAUAGAUGCAAUUUCGCAUAUUCAUCCGUUAGUUUAUCCAAUGAUAUGGGUUAAUGAGCACGCAGAAAUUGAUCAACCAAAUGCUGACAUAUUCCAUAAGAAAGUAUAUAUACCAUUACUUUUAUUGACUGUUUUCAAAUAUGUAAUUAUGACGAUUGGUACUACUCUAUUAAUAACAGUAAUCAGUUUGGUUGUUUUUAGUCGAUAUAAAAAAAAUAUAAUGGUUGCUCCGGAACCGACCACAAUUACCGAUGAAACAACGCCAUUACUUGCAUAA